UUCUUUUUCUUCCUUCGCAGGUGCCCUAGUUAUAUGGAACAGAGAAAUGAAACACGUGUUCCAGAUCUUCUUCUUAUGGAAGUGACAGAGGAUCCAGAGUUGUGCUCCCUCCUUUUCAGCCUGUUCCUUUCCAUGUACCUGGUCACCGUCCUGGGAAACCUGCUUAUCAUUCUGGCUGUCAGCUCUGACUCCCAACUCCACACUCCCAUGUACUUCUUUCUCUCUAAUAUGUCUAUUAACGACAUCUGUUUAAGCACAACCACUAUCCCAAAGAUGCUACUGAACAUCCAAUCACAGAAUCAAAGCAUCACUUACACAGGCUGCCUUACACAGAUCUUCUUUGUCCUGGUGUUUGCUAGUUUGGAAAGUUGUCUUCUUGCAGUAAUGGCCUAUGAUCGCUAUGUGGCCAUUUGUCAUCCACUGAGAUACACGCUCAUCAUGAACUCCCACCUCUGUGGUCUGCUAAUACUACUCUCCCUGUUCAUUCUUAUUGUGGAUGCCCUGCUUCACAGUCUGAUGCUGUUGCAGCUGACCUUCUGCACAGAUCUGGAAAUCUCCGUCUUCUUCUGUGAAGUUGUUCAGGUCAUCAAGCUUGCAUGUUCUGAUACCCUCAUCAAUAAUAUCCUGAAAUAUUUGGCAACUAGCAUAUUUGGUGGUAUUCCUGUGUGUGGAAUCAUUUUCUCUUAUACUCAAAUAAUGUCCUCUGUUUUGAGAAUGCCAUCAGUGGGUAGCAAGUAUAAAGCUUUUUCCACCUGUGGCUCUCACCUCUCAGUUGUGUCCUUAUUCUUUGGGACAGGUUUUGGAGUGUACAUUAGUUCUGCUCUUACUAACUCUUCCAGAAACACUGCAGUGCUUUCAAUGAUGUACACUGUUGUCCCUCAAAUGAUGAACCCCUUCAUCUAUAGCCUGAGGAACAGGAACAUGAAAGGAGCCUUGAGGAAACUCAUCAUUAGGACUCCUUCUCUUCUGUGA